AUGACUAGUAGAACACUGAAGGUCUUUGUGUUCUUUUUAUCAAUAUUUUCUUUGAUACUUUCCGAAUCGACUUUUGCUUACACUCGCGAGCCUACAGAAGAUAGGAAUAAUAAAUUAAAACACGACUAUAAACUUACUUUCAAAAAACCAUAUUAUUAUAAUCAUACUAUACCUUUUUUUGAUACAUAUGGGCGUUCAAUAUGGGCACAGCUUCCAAAUCCACAUAAAGAAUGGGAAGUAGAGUUAUCCUUUCAAAUUACAGGGAAAUUUUAUGUUGGUGGCAGAGGAAUUGCAUUUUGGUAUACCAAAGAUCGAGCUGAACAAGGGCCGGUAUUUGGGAAUAAGGAUGAAUGGGUUGGACUAGUGAUCAUGUUCGAAACCGUUGACCAUUCUAGAAAACGCGAACAUCCCAUUAUAAUGGCUCAUCUUAACGACGGUUCCAAACUUUAUAAUAAUAUAACCGAACCUCGUGACGCGAUGCUUGCUGGAUGUUAUAGAUUGUUUCAUAAUACACCAUCACCUGUAUUUGCCAGAAUAUCGUAUUAUAACAGAACUAUCAAGUUAGAAGUGGAUGCCAAUGACGAAGGGGGAGCUUAUCUUCCAUGUUUCGAACAAAAAGAUAUAGAUUUGCCAACUGGAUAUUAUUUUGGGGUUUCUGCGAUUGCAGAAGGAGAAACGCCUGAUGAUCAUGACGUUCUUUCUUUCGAAACUUAUGAAAUAAAUCCUGUUGAGAAACAGAAUAGGCAAUUACGCCCUCAUGAGGCUGAAAAAGUAAAAAAUGUCCCAGCAGAAAAUUAUGAAAUACCUACAGACGUUAAAAAACGUAUUGAAGACAUUAAAAAAGUUGUAUCAUCUCCCAAAGAAGACAGCAAGGACAGAGAGGAUUCGAGGAACGUCGAUUUCAUUAGAGGGAUGCAGACCAAAAUUCUUGAAUCGAUCGAUAGAUUACAUGAUGUGUUACAGACAUCCGGAGGUGCAAAUUCUUAUGCUAAAUAUUAUACUGGUGAAUCAAGCAAGACUGAAAGUCAAUUAGAAGCCAUUUCACAAAAAUUGGAUAGAGUCAUAACCAGCUUAACUUCUUUAGAAAAUAGAGUAUCAAGAAUUCCUAUAAGUUCGAACGAGUAUGCAAUUAAAGAGUUAAAGGGAGAUAUGCAACGAAUAAUAGGCAAAAUUGAUGCCAUGGAUGGCCGAAUUGCUGGACAGUUUCACCAAACACAACGAUCUUUUCAAGAA